AUUGAAUCUAGACGUAAAAUACCUAGUUCCUAGCUGCGCAAAACCACCAAAGCUGUAUGGGCUACCGAAGAUACACAAACCUAAUGCUCCACUACGACCAAUAGUCAGCCAAAUCGACUCACCAACCUACAGAUUGGCUCAACAUCUGGCUAAAGUACUUUCACCAUUGAGAGGAAACACAGCAGCAUAUGUAAAGGACUCGUACCAUUUUGUCAGUGAAAUAAAACACCUACAACUAGCUGACAAUGAAACUAUGGUCAGUUUUGAUGUUCAGUCAUUGUUUACAUGCUUACCCGUUGAAGACUGCAUCAAGAUUGUGUCUAAGAAACUAGCAGAGAAUAACAUGCCUACUGAAUAUGCUGAACUGUUAAAACAUUGCCUAACAUCUGGCUAUUUACUGUGGAAUAAUCACUUCUACACGCAAGUGGAUGGUGUAGCAAUGGGCUCCCCAGUAUCUCCCAUUGUUGCUGAUAUCUUCAUGGAGGAUUUUGAGGAGCGAGCCCUGCAAUCUGCACCCGUAACACCCAAAUUCUACAAGCGGUACGUAGAUGAUACUUUCACAAUACUACCAUCUGACAAAGUCACAGCAUUUUUAAAUCAUCUUAACUCCAUAAACCCCAAAAUUCAAUUCACUAUGGAGUCAGAGGCAAACAACUCCUUAGCUUUCUUAGAUGUUUUGGUUAUCCGUAACCCUAAUAACACCUUGAGUCACACUGUGUAUCGGAAGAAAACCCAUACAGACAAAUACCUUCAUGGUGAGUCCCACCACCACCCAACACAGUUAUCUACCGUUGGUAAAUCAUUGUUUCAGAGAGCACGUGGGAUCUGCGAUGAACAACACCUGGGUGCUGAGCUUCAACAUGUUAAGCAAGUACUGCACGACAACAAGCUCCGAGUACCGCGCCCUCGUCGCAGAACCCGCGUGAAACCAGCCACAGUUGAGCGUCUACCUGCUGUUCUUCCAUACAUAAGAGGAGUCACAGACAAGAUUGGCUACAUCUUGAAGCGAGCUUCAAUCAAAACCUACUUCAAGCCGCUGAAGAAGAUUAGUCAAUUCUUACCACCUGUCAAGUGUCACAUACCUCUACAAGAUGCGGGUGUAUACAAGCUUGAAUGUGAUUGUGGUCUCUCUUACAUAGGCCAAACUAAAAGAAGCAUAGGGACCCGCGUAAAAGAACACAUCGCCGAUGUCAAACACCGCCGUUCCAGACAGUCAGCAGUUUGUGAACACACACUAGACAAGGCCCAGCAUUACAUCAGAUUUGAUAAACCACAAGUCCUUGCAAAAGAAAACCGAUUCCUACCUAGGAUGAUUCGCGAGGCUAUUGAAAUUAAAAAACAUCCAAAUUUCAAUAGAGAAGAUGGCUGGGUCAUACCACCUGCUUGGAAUCCCAUCAUAGAAACUAUUAAAUCAAAAUCCAAGCCUACAACUGCUCGACCUAAGGAUACAGUUAGCUCGUUUUGCGUGAAUCGGAUUGUCAAUAAUAAUUAACAAAAUGUAGGGUAGCUGUUUGUAACUAAUAUAUCAAGACGACCAACACCUUAGUCUGCCCGUGACCAUGGAUGCUGUAAAGGAUCCGAAACGUCGGGAUUAAAUAAUAUAAUAUAACCGCGAUAAAAUCCGUAAAA